AUGAACAGCAGCAGCAUCGGCAUCUGUAUCAUCAUCGUCGUGACGCGCCAGCUGUUCUCGGCUCUGGACACGGAGGUCCAGCCGCGCCUGCUCGCCCUGCUGGUGGACCUCUGCACAGACACCAAGCUGUCUGCCGUCUCCUCGCGCGUGCACAAGCAGCUGGGCGAGGACGAGAGCGCCGUGCCCGAACAGAAGACGGUCCGCCAGCAGCUGGCGCUGACGUGCCUGCAGCAGACGUGCGAGCGGCUGCGCGACGCCGCCGAGCCGCCGGACGAGCAGCUGCAGACACGCUUCAGCGUCGAUACGCUGGUGCAGUGUGUCCGCUCCUCCGACAGCCCGCAGACGCACCAGCUGGCGCUCAUCGUGCUCGGCAUGGCCGCCACCAUGCUGCCGGAGAUGGUGCUGCACAACAUCAUGGCCAUCUUCACCUUCAUGGGCUCGUCGAUGCUGCGGCAGGACAACGAGUACAGCUUCCGCGUGAUCGAGAAGACGGUGGAAAGCGUGAUCCCGGCGCUUGUGCAGGCGUCCGGCCUGGUGGCGGCCGGCGGCGAGGUGGUCGUGCCCGUGCUGCGCGUGUUCGUCGACGCGGUGCGCGACGUGCCGCGCCACCGCCGGCUGCCGCUGUUCGCCCACCUCCUGCGCACCGUCGGCGAGCAGAGCCACCUGUGGGCGUGUCUGGUGAUGCUGUCUGACCAGCUCGCCACCAGGGGUGACGUCAAAGACAAGAUGGCCGAAGACACCGUGACGGUGACGGGCGACCGGAGCGCCUCGCUGCUGGUGGAGUUCGCCAUCAGCCUGUGCAGCGAGUUCUCGCUGGACGUGCAGCUAGUGAGCUGCUCCCGCCUGCUGGAGCACACCGAAACGCUAAUGGGCCAGCGGCACGAGGUGGGCGACGCGCCGCGGAAGGGGCGCGGCGCGCGGGCGGGCGCGGCGCCGGCCGUCGCCGCCGACCCCGCCCUGUUCGACCUGGACGCGCACACGGACAAGCAGUUCUACAAGUACUGCCACACGGCCGUCAGCCUCAUCGCGCAGCUGCUGGCGUCGGAGGCGUUCGUGGCGCAGAGCGCGGCGCUGGAUGCGGCGGGUGCGGCGGCGGCGCAGGCGCAGCACCAGCUGCUGCUGGAGCGCAGCGUGCGCCUCAUCACGGCCUGCACGCGCCUCUGCCAGACGCAGCUGCGCGGCCGGCCGGACGCCCUGCGCCACGUGCGCGCCAUCCUGCACCGGCUGUACGCCCUGCUGGAUAAGAUCAACUCGCUGCUACCGGCGGCCAUGUUCCUGUCGGUGGUGUCGGGCCUGCUGGGCAGCCGGCUGACGGUGGUGCGGCGGCGCGCCAUGGAGCUGCUCGCCUCGCGCCUCCAGCUGCAGGCCGACUACUUCAGCGAGGCCGACAGCGACGCCCUCCUGCUGCUCACCGGAGAGCUGGUGACGGCGGCGCAGGCGGGCGCCGAGAACGACGCGGAGGAGGAGGAGGAGGGCGGCUCGGCCCUCAACCGACAGACGGCGCUGUUCGCCCUGAAGCUGCUCUCCCGCCUGCUGGCCGCCCGGCACCCGGCCCACUUCGUGCCGGUGCUGCGCGUGGUCUGCGACCUGGCCGGCGACGCGUCGCUGCCGCCGCCGCUGUUCGCCAGCUGCCUGCUGUGCCUGGCCGAGCUGUGCGCCAGCCUACGCGCCCACGCCAUCGGACGGCUGCCGGCCACAGCCGCCGCCCUGCUGGCCGCGCUGGAGGACGAGGAACGCCGGAGUCACGAGCUGGUGCUGGUGUCGGCCGUGACGCUGGCGCAGAAGCUGGUGGAGUCGCUGGCGCACUUCAUCUCGCCGUACCUGCCGGCGCUGCUGCGCCACGUGUGUCGGCUGUCGGCGGAGCGCGCGGGCGGCGCUAGCAGCCCGCUGCAGCACCGGCUGCGUCAGACACGCCACCACCUGGCGACGGCCGUGCCGCUCAACGCCGUGCUGGCCGAGCUACAGCCGCUGUUCCUGCGGUGCGUUCCUACGGCGCGGGCGGACGGCGCCGCGGGAGGGGAGAGGGCGUGCGGCUGA